AUGGCAGUGCUGCCGCAGUGCCUCAAAGCUGUCCCUGCGUUUGCACCCAGGCUAGCAACGGCCAGCUCAACGGAAGUACGCCGCGUAACAUUGAUACCAGGCGAUGGCAUUGGACCGGAAAUUUCGUCUUCAGUGCAGAAAAUAUUUGAAGCGGCAAAAGCACCAAUAGAAUGGGAUGCUGUCGAUGUGACACCGAUCAAAGGACGCGACGGAUUAUUCCAUAUUCCUCCGAGAUGUAUCGAACUUAUGCAUGCCAACAGAAUUGGCCUGAAAGGUCCUCUUGCGACACCGAUCGGCAAAGGUCACAGGUCACUGAACCUCGCUGUCAGGAACGGUGUUGUGCAAAGUAUCAAGUUGAUCACUGAAGAAGCAUCGCGACGCAUUGCCAAAUAUGCCUUCGACUAUGCGCAGCGAAACGGCCGUGCCGAGGUCACUGCAGUACAUAAAGCGAACAUAAUGCGCAAGUCGGAUGGGCUCUUUCUCAGUAUGUGUCGCGAACAGGCCGCGAAUUAUCCGGAUAUAAGAUUCAAAGAGGCAUAUUUGGACACAGUUUGCUUGAAUAUGGUUCAAAAUCCAAACCAAUACGACGUCUUGGUGAUGCCAAAUCUGUACGGCGACAUAUUAUCAGAUCUAUGCGCCGGGCUAGUUGGUGGGCUGGGAGUAACGCCAUCUGGGAAUAUCGGCGAGAACGCAGCGGUAUUCGAGUCUGUUCACGGUACUGCACCUGAUAUCGCCGGACAGGUAGGUUUCUGUAGUUAA